AUGGAACUUGUCUCCAUUUCGAAGUGGAGUAUGGUGGAGCUUCGAGCUAUUGGCAACUGUAUCUCAGAUUCCCAAUUUUCAAAUCUCAUUUUUAAUAUGCGUCUUCCUUCGUCCGGACAAGUAACGCUGCCGGCAGCGUUUGUCGAGAAGGUGGUGUCUCAGAUACUAUCGUCGUAUCGCAGUAAUGGUUCUUUGAAAAGAUCUCAACCAGAUCCCAUGUUCACACAGAGGUCUGGCGAUGCGUCAGUGAUUGGGACUGAAGAACCAUCCUUGCAAACACACGCCAAGAGACAGAAGCAGGCAAGUGCCUGCACACCGACAUCCACACUGCCUAAUGAAUUUAUGAAAUGA